AUGGGUUCCAGUGACAAGAAAAAGAAGGAGAAGAAGAAGGACUUUCAGAAGCCCAAGUUGAAGGUUGGCAAGACGAAACCAAAGGCUUCUAACUUCACCGACACUAGCUUCAAGUCGAAAUCUAUCGUACUGCAACAGCAACUCUCAGAAACCGCGCCCGGUGUAAUAGAGAGAUUUAAACAUCAACUCUCCCUAACGAGUUCUCGGACCGACACUCAACGUCGAGAUGCGCUAUCAUACCUCACAGGACAGCUCUCGACGAAUCCACCAACCAAUCCGGUCGGCACGUCUACGCUUCUGCAAAAAGUUUUGCCAUUGAUGCCGGAUUCCUCGAAAUCCGUUCGUGGCCAGCUUCUGAAACUCCUCCAGCAGCUCCCAGCUGACGAGGUCCGCCCACACAUCCAGAAGGCGAUGCUGUAUAUACGGGGCGCAAUGACACACUUAUCACAGGAUAUUAAGGAUGAUGGCCUCAACUACAUGGAAUGGAUUCUUGAUGUUGCGGGUGAAGAACUGGUCGCCAGCCCCGGCUGUUGGGUUAAGCCGUUGAAAGACUUUAUGUCAGUAUUGGGGUGGACAAUUUCGACGGCGCCAACGCCUGCUACGAAGGCCGGCUGGACCUCAGCACCACGAACUACGUUUGGCUCUAAGAAGUUUGGUCAGUCGUUCCCCCGGCAGAUGAUGGUAUUGGCCAAAUUUCUGGAAUUCGGGCUUAAGCCUGAGAUUGCCAAUCCAUGGAACCCGAACGAUUGGGUCGACAAUAUCAGCAUGGUUCCUAGGACUCCUGACCCAUUUGGAUACCUGGGGCUCUUUAAACCGCCUAGAGAUGAAGACGGUGAGAUAUAUCGUAAUCGGGAAGAUAGACAGGAGAUAUUCGCCAAGCGGUUCAUGGAAGCUGUCGAGGCUGGCGUUGAUAUGGCUAAAAAGGAAGGCGGUGCUGCUGGACGAGCAGCAGCCGUGCUUGAUAAAGCACUGAGAGAUGGAAUGGAUGAUUGCGAGCGAACCUUUAGAGCCGAUGAAGAUGAAGAUAUCUGGACAGGUUAUAUCAUGUAA